GCCGGCGUCAAUUUAAAAUUAGAGAGCAGCCGGAGAGAAUGUCGGGUUUGGACUUUCGACAAUUUUGAUUUUGACCAAAGGAUGUGUCACUAUCAACAAACGGAAAUUUCUUUCUAUUUUCCUUCUUCUCCCUGUUAAUCUUCUAUAUAUAGGGGACGUUUCCAUUUUGCAUGAACAUAUCAAAUUCAAACUAAAAAGUUUUCAACUUUAAAUUUAAAGAGAAACAACAAGCGAGAAAGAUGGCAGCAGCUAAUCCGGUAAUCAAAAUUGCGGCUCUUAGCGGUUCAAUCCGAAAAGCUUCCUUCAACUCAGGCCUCAUUCGUUCUGCAAUUGAGGUCAGUAAGGAGUCUGUCAAUGGUGUGCAAAUUGAGCAGAUAGACAUAUCCCAGUUGCCAAUUCUCAACACUGAUCUUAUUGUCGAUGGAGCUUUUCCACCCGCUGUUGAAGAGUUUCGCCAACAAAUCCUCAAGGCUGAUAGUGUUCUAUUUGCUUCUCCUGAAAACAAUUACUCUGUUUCUGCACCUUUGAAGAAUGCCCUUGACUGGGCCUCUAUAGCUCAGAACUGUUGGGGUGACAAAGCGGCUGCAAUUGUAAGUGCUGGAGGAGGUUUCGGGGGUGGAAGAUCACAGUACCAUCUUCGCCAGAUUGGAGUUUAUCUUGAUCUUCAUUUCAUCAACAAACCUGAAUUUUUCUUGAAUGCUUUCGAGCCUCCUGCGAAGUUUGAUGGUGAUGGUAAUUUGAUCGAUGCUGAGGCUAAAGACAGGCUCAAACAAGUUCUCAUUGCCUUGCGUGACUUCACUCUCCGUCUCAAAAACUAGAUUAGGAAACAAUUAUUAUUUGUAUUGGUGUUUAUGAACUUGAUUUGGAAAAAAUAAAACCAGAAUUUAUACCAUUGUUGGAUUUUCUUUCUUUUUUGAGUCAUUAGUCCUGUUAUGUAAAACAGCAGAACAGAAAAUUUCUGCUAAAUAAAAGAAGUGGGCUCAUGCCCAUUUUCAAAGUUUUGUACUGUGAUCAUAAUCUAUAUAAUGUUGGUUUGUCGUA